CCGAAGCUCUGCGUGGUGAAGUCAUACGCGUGCGACAGAUCAGUUGGCGCUCCGGAACGGAAGGAGAGGAACAAUAAGAGUGGAUCAGAGAUGCAGUCUGGAUCAGACUCUUCAGGAUCUGGACUGAAAUCAGUCAGAAGAUCUCCUCGUCUGUCUCCUCAGUGCAGCAGUAAAGGCAAGGAGGAGAGGAGAGGAGGAGACAGCCUGCAGGAGGCGAAGAGGAGAGGAAAGAUGGAGAAGAGCAGAGACCAGGAUGAGGAGCUAGGGGACAGACUGCAGACGCUGAAUCUGUCCAGCAGACCAGUAGCCAGAGGAACAGGUCUGGUUUACUCUGAGAUCUUCACACAUCAUAAGAACCUGUGGGACUCCAGUCAUCCAGAGAGUCCCGAGAGAGUGACAUCCAUCAUGGAGGAGCUGCAAAGACAGGACCUGCUGUCUCACUGCAUCACAGUGGAGCCCAGAGAAGCUGAAGAAGAAGAGCUGCUGCUCGCUCACAUGAAACAUUAUGUGGAUUUGAUGAAGUCGACUCAGACGAUGACAGAGAGUGAACUUCACAAUCUGUCUGAGAAAUACGACUCCGUUUACCUUCAUCCUGAGUCCUUCCAGGUUAGUUUGUCGGCAGUGGGUUCAGUCCUCAAGCUGGUCGAUCAGGUGAUGACUUCUGAGCUCAGGAACGGGUUCGCUGUCAUCAGACCUCCAGGUCAUCACGCUCAGUCUAACCUGUCAAACGGUUACUGUAUUUUCAACAACGUGGCGAUCGCAGCUCGAUACGCCCAGACCAGACACUCAGUCAGCAGGGUGUUGAUAGUGGACUGGGAUGUUCAUCAUGGUCAAGGAAUCCAGUACCUGUUCCAGGAAGACCCGAGUGUCCUGUACUUCAGUGUCCACAGGUAUGAGCAGGGGUCUUACUGGCCUCAUCUCCCAGAAUCUGACAGUCAGUUUGUUGGCAGCGGACGAGGUGAAGGCAGAAACAUCAACCUGCCCUGGAACAAGACGGGGAUGACAGACGCUGAUUACAUCGCAGCUUUUCAACAACUGCUGCUGCCUGUAGCCUACGAGUUUCAGCCUCAGCUGGUUCUGGUCUCUGCUGGAUUUGAUGCUGCAGUCGGAGAUCCGAAGGGGGAGAUGUGUGUGAGUCCACAGUGUUUCCAUGUUCUGACUCACAUGCUGAUGAGUUUGGCAGAAGGUCGACUUGUUCUCGCUCUCGAGGGAGGUUAUAACUUGCAGUCGACAGCAGAGGGCGUCGCAGCCUGUGUCAGAGCUCUGCUGGGAGGAGCCUGUCCUCCUCUGACCCCGCCCACUGCUCCAUCUGACAGUGCUCUGCAGUCCAUCUCUCAGACUGUCUCAGCUCUGUAUCCACACUGGGCUUCUCUGCAAACACUGGGUGAGACUCUGUGUGAUCAUAGAGACUUUAUUUUGAAAGAAGGCGGCCCGUUGGCUCCGGGGCGCAUUGUUAGAGCAACAACCAAUGAGCAGAUCACGAAACAGACCUCUGUUGCCACGACAACCGGUCUGGUUUAUGAUGAGAGGAUGAUGGAACACAUGAACAUGUGGGACAGACAUCACCCUGAACAGCCUCAGAGAAUCUUUAAAAUCUUCUCCAAACAUCAGCAACUGGGAUUGGUCGAUCGUUGCCAACGGAUACAAGCACGCUUAGCAACAGAGGAGGAGCUGUCCAGGUGUCACAGUGUGCAGCACAUUGAGCAGAUGAGAGCCACAGCAGAGAUGAAGCCCAGAGAGCUACACAAACUGGCACACGACUUCAACUCCAUCUUCAUCAACAACCAGAGCUUCAAGUCCGCUCUGCUGGCUGCUGGAGGCUGCUUCACCGCUGUGGAGAGGCUGCUCACAGGACAGGUGAGUAACGGCGUGGCGAUCGUUCGUCCUCCUGGUCAUCACGCAGAGAGAGAUUCUCCUUGUGGUUUCUGUUUAUUCAACACGGCAGCGCUCGCCGCUCGCCACGCCCAGAAAAUAUCCAAUGAGGCGCCGCUGCGAGUCCUCAUCCUGGACUGGGACGUUCACCACGGCAACGGGACGCAGCACAUGUUCGAGGAUGACGACAGCGUCCUGUACAUCUCCCUCCAUCGCUAUGACAACGGGACAUUCUUCCCAUCUUCAGAGGACGCCGCCACCGACAAGGUGGGCGUGUCCAAGGGGGCGGGGUUUAACGUCAACGUGGCGUGGAGUGGCGGGCGGAUGGGCGACUCAGACUACCUUGCUGCUUUUCACAACAUUGUCAUGCCGAUUGCCACCGAGUUUAACCCCGGUCUGGUUGUGGUGUCUGCCGGGUUCGAUGCAGCUCGGGGGGAUCCGCUGGGUGGAUAUAAUGUUACCCCAGAGGGAUACGCCCACCUGACACACCUGCUGAUGUCACUGGCCGGGGGGCGGGUCCUACUCAUACUGGAGGGAGGUUAUAACUUGUCAUCUAUCUCUGACUCCAUGGCGAUGUGCACCAGCGUGUUGCUAGGAGACACUCCUCCCUCCUUGGUGACGCCUCUCCCCCCUCCUCAUCACAACGCCGUGGCAGCGAUCAACGAGGUCAUCCGACACCACGCCCCCUACUGGAGGUCACUGAGGAUACGCAUCCCAGAGUCUGUGCGGGCGUCACUGUCCUCCCUGAAGCAUCGUGGGAAACGUAGUUCUAAAGGAAAGGGCAGGAAGUCAGAGGAGAGCGGCACAAACAAACCACCGCUGCCCCCUACAGGACCGGAGGACACGACGGUAAAUAUUUUAAGAUCGUCCAAUCAGACGGAGGGCGGUCUGGAGCAGCUCACUCAGGGACUGGCCAGUUUGGACAUCGGUCAAACCUCAGCCAAUCACAGUCCUGCUCCGUCCACCGCGGUGGGAGGGGCCAGGCCGAAGGUCCGCCUCAGCCUGGAGAAGGUCACCUGUGAAGGUGACGGUGAAGUGAAGGCGGAGGCAAGUGAAGUGACACCUGAGCAGAGCCAAUCAGCAGAGAGUGUGCUGCCACAGCCUCAGGCUGUCGCCGUGGCAGCGCCAGAGUCGGUUGCCCCUGGUGACGAGGCAGCUGGUGGAGCGGGGGCGGAGCCAGAGACAGAGGGAGCGUGUGGUUGGUCGAAGCCUAAGACGUCUCUGGAGCUGACGUGUGGAGGACAGACAGACACCCCUCUGUUCGUGGUGGACCCUCUGUCCUGGUGUCCUCACCUGGAUGCUGUUAAGCCCCUCCCCCCCUCAGGUAUAGAUGUCUUCCUGCCGUGUAAGGACUGCGGCUCCGACGCUGAGAACUGGACCUGUCUCACCUGCUACCAGGUGUUCUGCGGUCGUUAUGUUAAUGAGCACAUGGUGACUCACGGCGUUGUGUCUGAACACCCCGUGGUUCUGAGCUUCUGUGAUCUGUCUGUGUGGUGUUACCUGUGUGAGGCCUACGUCCACAACCAGAUUCUGUUUGAAGCUAAAAACGCUGCUCACUGCGCCAAGUUUGGAGAGGAGAUCCCUCCGUGGAGCUGAGAGGAAGAGGAGGAGGUGAUGAAGAGGGGGAGGACAUGAUGAAGAGGAGGAUGACGGUGUAAAACCCUGAGAGCAUGUAUCUGUUCUUCGGCCUCUCUUCCUUCAGUGUGAUUGGACUGUUGAGUGCGUUGCCAUGGAUACCGCAGCAAGCAGCUGUGGUGCUUUGUGGGAAACGUCUACGGUGUCUCACAGCUGCCAAAAAAAGCCUAAAACAAAUGAGGAAGUGAUGUUUUUAUUUUGUUUUUAUUUUCUAACUGCAGAUCGGUGCUGAUCAUCUUCAUCUCUUUAAAGGUCCGGUGUGUAGAUUUAGUGACAUCUAGUGGUGAGACGGCAGAUUGUAACCAACUGAAUACCGCUCACCCCUCCCUUCACUAGCGAGAACUACGGUGGCCUUCAGGUAACGUAAAAACAUGAAAGUCUCUCUC